AUGGUGAGGCGGGUCGAGAGCAGGGACGGGAUGAAGGUCGCCGUGAGGGACGCGGCCACAGGCGACGAGUACCGGCUCGUGUUCCGCUACUGGGCGUCGUCGAGGAGCUACGUGCUGAACAAGGGCUGGAACAAGCUGUUCGUCAAGGGGCGAGAGUUGAAGGUCGGGGACGAGAUCGGGAUGCUCUGGGACCCGGUCUCUCUCAAGUUCCACUUUAUGGUCCUCCGCGAGGUUGUUCGUGGCACAUCCUGCGCAAACUCAAGACAGACGACGACGACGACGACGACGACGGUGGCGACAAAAACGAUGCAAACGCGACAAAGAGAAACAACCGCGCGCCUCACCCGCAGGUCACCUCUAGCUCCCACAGAGGUUCCAGACUCCAACGCCACCCCCGAAAAACAAGCAAAAGCCAAAAGUCAAACGUAA